UGUGAUAAAGUGAAUAUAUUGAAAGUAAUAAUAUUAUACUAUAUAAAUAUACUGUGUAUCAUCAGGACAGUGUGUCAUUAAAGUGCAUUUGUGUUUAAUAUGAUGGUUGUCAUUUUGUUGUUUAUUGUGUAUGUAUGUACUGGAAUUACGGCACGUCCUUACGAUAUCAGCACAGACAAAAGGCAACUGCUAACUUACGAAGACGUUCCAAAGGAGGCUAAUAGGCCAAAAACACAAGACAAUUUACUAUUGCCAAAAGUCUUUGGCCUAAAUGACGUUAUCACUGUAUUUCUAAAUAUACACAAUUCAAAAUCAUUGAAUAUAAGUUUAAUUACGGAUGAUGAACUAAACUCAGGAGCAUCUCCGCCUUGUACACUGGUACUGAAAGAAGACAUGAUUUCAAUAUUUCAAAACGACUACAAUAUGACUAUGAAUCCGUUGGAAGGAAAUACCUUAAAAAAUGGCUCGGAAUUUAUUGUCGGAUUUCAAAGAAUAAUAGACAAAUCAAGCCAAGAGGAAAGCGGAUUAAAAAUUCAAGACUUACACAAAAAUACAAUUCAUGAAAUGGAGCUCAAUGAAAACAAUAAUAAAUUAAAAUAUAUUCAAAUCAGUGGAGAUGAUAUUAAGGUUACAAAAUUGAUAUUCGAAUAUGUAUGAAAAUCGUAAGUGGUGGAAAAUCACGGUUGAAAUUAUAGUGGUUUGAUUACCACCAAUGUCAGUAUGACGUGACUAUCACAAAAAUGUCCCUGACAGUUGGGAGCACGGUUUAAAAUCUGCUGUCGACAUCACCUAGACAUGUAGACAGGUUCCUGUACGUGAAAAUUUUACAACGCUAGAUAUUAGUUAUGACGAUGACAGUUAACAAAAUUAAAAUCACAUCGAUCUCAUAACAGCCUCUGAGUCAAUGAGAUUGACAUUUUGCAAUGUGGUCGGUGUAUUAAUAGUGGACCAUUUUGAAAGUCAUUAAUUGUUCAUUACUAUUACAGAUAUGAUCAGUUAAUGACAUUUAAAAUGAUAUAGUAAUACUAUACACUGAAGAUGAUGUAUUUACCAGUUUAUUUUGAUAAACGUUUGUUUAAAUACACAUAAAUCUAUAAAUGUUAUACAUUUAAAAAUAACUGGUCAUCCCGCCGUAAAAAAUCUUACUUCAUCCGGAUUGGAAUGAUUGAAUUGUACAAAUACAUAUGUAUAGUUAUGUAGGUAUAUAUAAUUAUGAUUAUCAUCACUACAUAUUAUAAAACAAAGUCGCUGUCGCAGUUAGUCCGUCCCUAUAUACUUAUGCUUAAAUCUUUAAAACUACGCAACGGAUUUUGAAGCUUUUUUUAAUAGAUAGAGUGAUUCAAGAUGAAGGUUUAUAUGUAUAAUACAUGUAAACCGGGGGCGGCGGGGCGAGAAGCUAAUAUAUAAUAAAACGAUGUAUUAUACAAGCAUAUCAUGAUUAAAUAUUUAAACGUCAAUAUUAAAAUCUUGUUGAGUUUGAAAGAAGUAAGCGGAGAAACAUAUACAUAAA